UGUUUGGCAAGGAGCUCGCCGUUGCCUGAGUUGCAGCGGGCAGCGCACCAAUCAGUUCCAUCAAAAGCAUCGUCGCGAGCCCGUCAGCGAGAAGCUCGGCCGCUAUCAGCUCGUCAGAUCCAGGGGAGAUGUGGCCUCGUUUCUGGAGUUGAAACCGCCGCGCCGGCUGCGAAAAUCCGUGGGCCCGCAUCCGAAGUCGAUCACGAAAAAGUAAGGGUCACUCGCUUAAGGAUCAUCCCGCGCAAUCAUCCUCGUAUUUUCGCUAAAAAAAAAAGCGAAGCACGAGAGACUGUUGAGUCGAGCCGUGCCUGAAGAAGAGAAAGAAAUAGAAAGAAAGAAAGGAACGAGAAGAAGUCGAAAACCUGACCGAUAAGAUACGGGAGAGAACCGUAAGACGAAGGAAAUACUGUCACUGGAACGAGAGUGAAGGGGUGACAGAAGGAAGGAGAAAGAGGGAAAGCAACACAUACACACGUAGUAACAUACAAAGUAACAUCGUGUCUAUAUCUGUCGUUAUUGUUUUCAUUUUUUUUUUUACAUAUCGCACUAGUCUCUAAACUUUGAAGAGAAGGAAAGAAAAAGGUGAAGGAAACGAUUAAACAGACCAUACGCUCACACUCACCCGGUAAUUCGCACAACGAGAGAACAAGAGAGGGAGGAGGGGAAGAGAGAGAGAAAAAGAGAGAGAGAGAGAGAAAGAGAGGGAAGAGAAAGAAAGAGAUAGAGAGGGAUUAAUCGCAGGGAGAAACGCGCCGAAAAAAAAAAUUAAGAACAUGGCCAUGGUCUCGACAUGCUCCGUUUUGACGUAUCGCCUGCUGAACGCUGCACUCCUCCUCACGUUCCUCAUCGUUCUACAAAGCUCUGCCACUGUCGCGGACGAGCCGGGCACGACGAAACCGCACCCGUGCUCAAGCGAGGUGUACUGCUACGGCGAGCUGCUGCACACGGUACAAAUGGCCGCCGUGUACAAAGACUCCAAGUACUUCGUCGACAUGAAGAUGAAGCGACCGCCGAACGAGACGCUCGCGUCGUUCCGCGCUUUCAUCAACAGCGUGGCCCAUCCGCCCAAGAAGCACCAGGUCGAAAAGUUCCUCAACGACACGUUCGAGCCGGCCGGCGCCGAGUUCGAGGACUGGGACCCGGCCGACUGGACCGCCAGUCCCGCGUUUCUGCGCAGGAUCGAGGACAACGACCUGCGGAAAUUCGCCGCCGAGCUCAAUGACAUCUGGAAGAUGCUGGGCAGGAAGAUGAAGGAGGACGUGCGGAUCAACGAGGAGCUCUACUCGAUCAUCUACGUGCCGAACCCGGUGAUCGUGCCCGGCGGCAGGUUCCGCGAAUUCUACUACUGGGACUCGUACUGGAUCAUCAAGGGCCUGCUGCUGUCGGAGAUGCGCACCACCGUCAAGGGCAUGCUCGACAACUUCGUGUCGAUCGUCGACAAGCUCGGCUUCAUACCGAACGGCGGCAGGGUCUACUACAAGAUGCGCUCGCACCCGCCGCUGCUGAUACCGAUGGUGGACGAGUACCUGAAGAGCACCGAUGAUCACGCCUGGCUCCGGGAGAAUCUCUGGCUGCUGGAGAAGGAGUUCGACUUCUGGAUGACCAAUCGCACCGUGACCGUCGAGCGGGACGGCGUCAACUACACGUUGGCGAGGUACUACGAGGAGUCGUCGGGCCCGCGGCCGGAAUCCUACAAGGAGGACUACCUGACGGGCCAGAGUUUCCGAACCACCGAGGAGAAAGACAAUUACUACGCGGAAUUGAAAACGGCGGCCGAGUCCGGCUGGGACUUUUCCAGUCGGUGGUUCGUGUACGAGGGCACCAACAAGGGUAACUUGACAAAUCUCAAGACCAGAUCUAUCAUCCCGGUCGACCUGAAUGUCAUAAUAUAUCGGAACGCCCGACUAUUGGCCAAGUACAAUCGUCAGACGGGCAACGAGACGAAGGGCGCGUAUUACGACGACGUAGCCGAGAAGUGGAAGGAAGCGGUCAGGAUUGUGUUGUGGCACGAGGAGGUGGGCGCCUGGUUGGACUACGACAUAAUGAACGACAUCAAGCGCGACUACUUCUAUCCGACCAAUAUCUUGCCGCUCUGGACCGACUGCUACGACACGUCCAAGAAGGCGGACUACGUGUCGAAGGUGCUCAAGUAUCUUGAGAAGAAUCAGAUCAUGCUGAACCAGGGCGGCAUACCGACCACGUUGGAGCACUCUGGCGAACAGUGGGACUAUCCCAACGCCUGGCCGCCGCUGCAGUAUUUCUUCAUCAUGUCGUUGAACAACACGGGCGACGCGUGGGCGCAACGGCUGGCCUACGAGAUAAGCGAGAAGUGGGUCCGCAGCAACUACAAGGCUUACAACGAGACGCACAAUAUGUAUGAGAAGUACGACGCGACUGUCUCGGGCGGCCACGGUACUGGAGGUGAGUACGAAGUUCAGCUUGGUUUCGGCUGGUCGAACGGGGUCGUUAUGGAUUUGCUGGAUAAGUAUGGCGACAGGUUGACCGCGGAGGAUUACUUCAAGCCCGGCGACGUGAUCGAGAACGCGGCACCACAGCAGGUUGUCGUCUCGACAGCUGGUAAGAUGCUGAGCGGGAUUCUAGCUAUCAUCAUAUCAUUAGCGGCAGGAUUUAUAGGGUGAGAUAUCCGCAGUGAUCUAAGUCAGCUAGGAUAUUAUUCGUGAAAGGUUCGAAGAGAUCGGUCGAUCGGUAGAUACUUCCGGUCUCGAGAGAGAUCGACACCAGAGGUCGAUCCGAAUAAUAUCUUUGUCCUUCUCGCCUCGAGCGUCCAGUUUGCACGAUUUUUGUUUUGGACUGGACGAUCGGCGGAAGAGAUCGCGUAACGGGUAAAGGGACCAAAUAGAAGCAAGUGCGGGCACUGAUCUUCUUACGGAUACUUCUAAGAGACUCCGAGUACGCACGCGAGGGAGCCUCGAAACGACGAGCGUCGUGUUUUUUAUUCUUGCCACACGUGCUUCCAAAGGAUAUUUCAUAAGUCGCAGGAUAAUACGUACAUACACAUAUACGAGUAUUAUACACAUAUAUAUUUUUUAAGGACAUUUCUUCGCCGAGAAAUUACGCCGUGAUACUUUGAGUAUUAUUCCUUGCAGAAGGGGCACGAAUCUUCUUCUAAUCUAAUUGACGAAUCUCUCAUUUUCUUUCGCCUAUAUGAUCCCUUUCUUAUUCGCGAUUUUAUGCUCGAUCGAAAUCUCCGGAUUAGAUUAGUCGGGGGACUGUGUGAUGCUGCCAGGUAUGUUUUACAAACGUAUCGCAACGUAUGCUUUCCUCUCUUCAGGGAUCUCCUCGUGGCCCUUCUCGUUGACGAAUAGCGUAGACAGGAUUUAUCAUUGUCUGACAAUCGUCGUUUAAUUACUUAAUCGUUCCAUCAGACGUGCGCUGUCGCGAAAGACGUUUCUGUGAUCAUUUGAACGAACUACUUCGCUGGUCGAAUUACGUUCAUAGCAUUCUCCUUCUCGCGGGAGCCUACACGAGCUACUCUUAGGCUGGCUCCAGAUCUGAGAGAAGUCGACGAAUUCUCGAAUUUAGCCGAUGCCGACGCGACGAGCCGACGAUGUACGUUACUUCGUAUUGAAAUUAGCUAUUUCGCUCUUUCGAAUAUUGUAUUACUAGUAUUAUUAGCUGUUAGAUAAAUUAUUACGUCGCACUUGUAUAUACAUAUACAAAGCCGAGGAGAGAGAGAGAGAGAGAGAGAGAGAGAGAGAGAGAGAGAGAGAGAGAGAGAGAGAGAGAGAGAGAGAGAGCGAGAGAACCGACAUCUCUCGUGGAGGAUACAUUCCGCACAGGAGAUGACGACAAGUCGGACAAACGAGUUCCUCGUGUGAGCGAAAAGAAAGACGAAGGACCACCGACGCUUUCGGCGGAAUUAGUCACGGAUCAACAGAAAUGUAACGAGAGAAAGAUUCCGCUCCUCCUCAUUCUCCGCAAGAAGAGCGGACUCAUCUAGUCAGUUAUGCGUAGUUAGAUGCGCCUAGCUAGCUUACUUUUACGAAUCCGCAACGGCGACAUCGAAGAUCGCGCGGGGCUAUCGUCGCUGUCAACCUCGCCACCGAUAGACCUCGGGAAUCCCCCCGUCCGUCGCUCGAAAAGUACCUUAACGCACGAUCCCGGACCAGUGAGUCGACGGUUGGCAUUGAGCGUUGAACGCGAGCCGAAGAAGAGCGGUGAUAACGCUGACGGAUGGACCGGCGAUGGGCUAGUUGAUAACGCUGCCGUCGACAGCCCGCAGUGACAAGGAUAGUCCGCCUCCGAUUCGAGCGGAUUGUCGCCUAGACGCGUGUUAGCAAUUCUUUCUUGUCCAUUCGCGAUUCAGCCGCCUCGCGGCAAGUCGCAGCAAGCGCGGCCUCGACGCACCGAUAAUAUAUAUACGUACACUUAUAUAGCGAAAUAUAUAUUUAGGAAAAGGUAGAAAAAAAUAUAGAAAGAGAGAAAGAGAUACCAUGAUCUCGCAAACUGUCCUGUCGCGCCCAUUCCUCGGAUCGCGCUGAGAGUAGAUUCUCCGAUGAAGAACGAGACACGUAUUUUUACGGGAGAAAACUCGAGGAUUGCGACAGUCCUCGAGGAGAGAACGCAGAAAUGUCGAGCGCGAGCUCGCGUAUACGUGUCUCGGCAGGAUUUUGUAUAAUUUAUUCGCGUUUAUCGAAUCGCUCUCCAAGCAGGAUCGGCAAAUCCGCCGAUUAAUUAGCUUUGUAUCUCUGCAUUCCGAACGAUAUGCACCGGCUCAGUCGACGUUUUUUUCUUUUUUCUUUCCCCCUCGUCGCUCUUUGCACCUGUUAUACACCGUCGGUGUAGACGAGAGUCUCUCAGGCAUAAGGCAUGCUUGCGCGAGGUAUGUCGCGCGAUGCGAACCGUACAGUAAAGUCGACGCGAGUGUCCGCGCGACGCAUGCUCUCCCCGCAUCCGAGUCCACCUCCUUGGGCGAUAACUAUCAAUAAAAUAAAUAAAUCGAAGUGUCCAUGUAACACCCGUCCUUUCAACAACGCACUUCCACCGAGGCGAGAACGUCAUGCAUGCACGCAGGCAGGUAGUGACCGUGCUCGUUCUCGUUCUCGUUCGUAUUAACGACAUUAACGUGUUAGAGAAAGACGUCCCAGACGCGUGCGCUCGUUGGAACUAGAUCGGCUAAGAUAUAUAGCAAAUAGAGACACUUCGUUCCGUUCCGGGAGGUUUGGUAAGUCCGUGUCUUGCUGACGCGCAACCGGAUGUGUCGGGGGAAUGGGGGACGUUAUAUAUAUAUAUAUACUCGCGGGCCGACUUUGUUAAUACAGUUUGUACAGUUACACUUGUAGCUAUAAGCGAAAGGCAACCCAGCAGUCGAUCGACGGCGUCGCUGAGGUAAACGUAAUUUUGCGUGGCAUUGCGUGUGGAUGGACAUGCGAUCCUCGGCGAGAAAAGAGGAAUUGAUUGUUUGGAUUCGAGGACGAGCGUUGAGAAACAUGAUAGUAUUGGUAAUAAAACGUUAAUGACAAAUUA